GACGGUAUUGAGUAUGUGUACUGCGUACGAAUCAGUACAAAUGUUGUGACUCUCUCGUUGAAAGUUCAUGUUGUUAUAGAAAAAAUCUCAUAAGAAAGAAAAAUUGCAAAGAGAAUCAACAAACCGCAAGCAUGUUUCAGUUCGGGUUCAACAUGUUCCCGGAGAUUCCGCGGCCCUUCAAUACCCAGUACAAGUGCUUUUCAGUGUCGAUGUUACCUGGGACCUAUCGCCAGGAUGUCGAGCGUGGCGGCAAGAUAAUCAUGCCACCAUCUGCUCUGGAACAGCUUACCAGGCUCAAUAUCAUUUACCCAAUGCUAUUCAAACUGACCAACAAGAAAACCAAUAGAAUUACUCAUUGUGGUGUACUGGAAUUCAUUGCCGACGAAGGCAAAGUCUAUUUACCUUAUUGGAUGAUGCAUAAUCUUUUGCUGGAGGAAGGUGAGCUAUUGAAUGUAGAGAGCGUGUCACUACCAGUCGCAACAUUCUCGCGCUUUCAGCCACAGUCGGAGGACUUUUUGGAUAUUACAAAUCCGAAGGCCGUAUUGGAGAACGGUCUGCGCAGCUUCGCCUGCCUAACCACAGGCGACGUAAUUGCGAUCAAGUAUAAUCAAAAGAUUUACGAGAUGUGCGUGCUCGAAACCAGACCUGGUCCGGCAGUUAGUAUCAUUGAAUGCGACAUGAAUGUAGAGUUUGCGCCGCCGGUAGGCUAUAAAGAGCCAGUAAGAAAGACAAAGAAGGAAGAGGAUGACAUAGAGCACCUGGCUGAUUUGAUGCCGGCACAGACUGGCUUUGUACCUUUCCAAGGUGAAGGCGUCCGGCUGGACGGCAAGAAGCGCAAAGACGCGCCCAAGCAGGAAACUGUAGCCACAAAGCCGACCUAUGUCCGGGGAAUACCCGAUUAUGAUUAUCAAAUAGGCACUCUCAGGUUCCUGCGAAACAUAAAGCCAACGAAUAAUAAGGAGACAAAAGAUCCAGACGAGUUUAAGGCGUUUACUGGUGAAGGGUUUACUCUCCUGAGAAAAUCCAGAAAAUGAUAGAAUAACGAGCAAUUGUUUAUUACUUUUAAUUUAUAAAUAAAUAUUUACGAGCGUUUGUCGGAGUGAA